UCGGACGUUACAACAUUUUGAUCUGAAGCAACGACGGGAGCUCCCUCUCGCUCGCUGUGAAGGAUUUGGCGGCAUAAAUCCUACUUUAAACCCAAUACCAAGCAGCCCCUUUAUUUACAACACAAAGAGGCCAUACAAGCUCUCUUUUUGGGAGUGAAAAAAGCGGUGGUCAUGAACAUGAAUGGUGCCGGUGGUAAUAUCAGUGGAGAAGGCGACUACGAUUCUGAUGAAGGGGAGGUAUUCAUAGACGAGGACGAUGUCAUCCACGAGAUCCCCAUCGACGAAGAAGAGCUUCUUGACCGGGACGAUGAGGAGAUGGACUCUGAUGUUGAUUAUGAGGAGGCUGAUGAUUCUUUUUAUGUCUUCAAGGGACAUACAGAUGAACUCUAUUCCGUUGCAUGCAGUCCGACAGAUGCAUCCUUGGUUGCUACAGGUGGUAAAGAUGAUAGAGGAUUUAUGUGGAAGGUUGGCUCACAAGAUUCUGGUUUAGAACUUCAAGGUCAUCGAAACACAGUUUCUACAUUGUCCUUCAGUUCUGAUGGGCAAUUUCUUGCAACCGGAAGUUUUGAUGGACUGAUCCAAGUAUGGGAUGCAAAUUUAGGCAAGAUCAAGUGUACACUUGAAGGCUCGGGUGGGGGUAUUGAGUGGCUGAAAUGGCAUCCUAAAGGACAUUUGAUACUCGCUGGAUCAGAGGAUUCUAGUGUUUGCUUGUGGAACGCUGAUAAAAGUAUCUCUCUUAACACCUUUUAUGGUCAUGCUAGCAGUGUCACUUGUGGUGAUUUCUCUCCUGAUGGAAAAAUUAUAUGUACUGGUUCUGAUGAUGCCUCUUUGAGGAUAUGGAAUCCUAAAACUGGAGAGAGCAUCAAUGUUAGAGGGCAUCCUUAUCAUACUGAUGGACUGACAUGUUUAUCAAUAACUCAUGAUUCUACUAUUGCUUUAACUGGAUCAAAAGAUAGCUCCGUUCAUAUGGUGAACUUGGCAACUGGCAGGGUGAUCAGCUCUCUGGUUUCACAUUCGGACUCUGUGGAAUGCGUUGGAGUCUCUCCUAGUUCUCACUGGGCUGCUACUGGGAGUUUGGAUCAGAAGCUAAUUAUCUGGGAUCUCGAGCGUUCUUCUCCUCGAUGCACUUGUGAACAUGAUGAUGGGGUAACAUGCCUGUUGUGGCUCGGCAUGUCUCGAUACGUUGCCACUGGCUCCAUAGAUGGAAAGGUGCGGAUUUGGGACAGUCUCUCAGGCAGAUGUGUUCGUUCCUUACGCGGCCAUGUCGAUGUGGUUCAGUCAUUGGCUGUAACUGCAGAUCAAAGCUCUCUUGUUUCAGUUUCAAAUGAUGGCACUGCCAGGGUCUUUAGUAUCUCUGAAUUUAAGUGAAUCAAAAUUUUAUUAUGUACUGCUUAAACAAUAAGCUUGUUAAUUCAAAUUCAGCUAUAUUGUAUAAGCUUAUUUAUUUAAUGAGUCAAAUAAAAAUAUGAUCACAUUUCAAUCAUAUUUUCGUUUUGGCCAUGUGUUUUCAACUAUUUUUAUGUAUUUAUAUAUAGAUUGUUUACAGUCUUAUUCAUAUAUAAUUUAGUUCAUUUGUGAUCAA